UCCCCAUCCUCGAUUUGAUCUCUGACACUUCAUCACCUCGUCAAGUUACCGUACACGGCAGUGACAAUUGCUACCUCUUCUCCCGCCACCAUCAUGUCACGACACGUUCAUGUCGCCUUGAACCCCUUCAUCGACCCUCAACCUCUUCAAUUGCCCAAUUGUCACUGUGGAAAAGCAGCGGGUUCUUCAGGCUACUGCGGAGAACACACGUGCUCUGUGGGUGGCUGUACGAACGCCUCGACAAGCUCCUGGGGCAAGUGCUCAUAUCGUGGGUUCAACGACAGCUCCGUGGCCAAAACGGCCCAGACUGAUGAUCGUCGCAGACGGAAGUUCCGACUCGAUCCUGAUGUGGCCUUUCUCGACACUCGUGAUCCCAAACUUGACCCACACCUAUCCAAGCAACUCGGAGCUUUCAACGCCCAUUCUGGAGUUCGAAAGCCACCAGUUCACCUCGUUUCGCAACGCCACUCAGCCAUGACAUGGCAGAGCGGAUGGAAGCCGCGUGAUUAUCUGGUGGUUCACAAGUCGAUGAGAUGCAGCGAAAGUGCGGAGUGCUAUUCUGUCAGGUGUUUCGUAGUCACGUUUGACGACGGUGUGUACUAUUCAUUAUUGAUCAGUAGGCACGUCUCAUUACCUCAUGUACAUGCAUAUACCUCUGAGGUCUGAAGAGUUGUCCUCCAUUGAGCCUGAACUAUGAUGUUCGAUGCGAUGCGAUGCGAUGCGAUGCGAUGCGAUGCGAUGCAAUUGUGUAUGACGUACUGAUACAGAUGAAUGCUAAAGGAGAAAAUCAAUACCCUCCAAGUCAGAUCCCACCGUGGUCGAGCUCUGCGCUUCCGUCACUCGUCCUCGUCCAUUCCUGUCAAAAGACCAUUCCGUAUGCCCGUCUUGCCUCGUCUUGGCCCAGUGCCCCGUGAUCUCCUCGCAGCCGUCUCAUCGCCAUCACUCUCAUCGUCCGAGUCGUCUUUGAUCCGUUUGCCCUCUGGCAAUGCUCCUGCGAGACAUAUGAGCUCCGCUGUCAAGGUGACAAUAAC